ACUUCAAAUUAGUAAAAUUCCGUCGCAAAAAGUUUUUGCGUUUACAAGACAGAACUAAACACGGCCUAAAGUUGCUAGCUCCGCCAGCACCAGCAGGCAAUCCAGCUCUUCAGAUCCUCUGCGUGGUGCCUUCGCUUGCCGCUGACCAGCAACUCGCGUCGGUGAACGGCGAUCUCGGGUGCGCAGCUUGCAGUGCUGCUAAGACUCUUCGAGCGAGAGAGGAAAAGGAUGUCGCCGCUGGCGCCGCCGUCGUCGGAGCCGGAGCCGCCGUUCCGGCCGCGGGAGAAGAUCCAGGAGAAGCAGAGGUACUUCCAGAGCGUCCACAAGCCGACGUACCUCAAGGGCCGCUACGACGCCAUCACCUCCGUCGCCAUCCCGCUCGCCCUCGCCGUCUCCAGCAUGUACCUCGUCGGGCGCGGGAUCUACAACAUGUCCCACGGCAUCGGGAAGGAGUGAGCUCUCGCCCAUGGCGGUCGCGACCUUCGUCCCCGCCUCGAUGGACUCUGUUGUUGCUUGCCGACGUACUGUACUACCUGAUCUCCUGCACACAAGGCGCGAGAAGUCGAGUGUGAUUUGGGAAAUACUACUCAGCUAGCAUGUGUCAGCCACUUGGAGUUGGAGCCAGCGUGUCCGUGACAGAGGAAGAGUUGGGCCUGGACAGGAUCCUUGUAUUUAUCGACUGGAUUGUAUUGAUUGCUAAGAAUCUAAAGCUGCUGGGUGAAUAAUCAAA